GCCCGACAGCACAGCACAGUGCGUCUCUCUGGUUGCUUUCCAGUCUUCUCAGUGCACGGCGCGCUCACGGAUGUAGUACACCUGCAGAGGCUUCUUGUCUCAACCCCGAACGAAAUAGUCAUCGACCUGGCGGCCUGGCAAUGGAAUCCACUUGAAUGCCUGGAGCUCCGACGAAACUCAUUUCCAGCGCGAUGAUGAUAAACGAGCAGGCGAGGAUGCGAGCUGACGGGCCGACGGCUGCAAAGGACAUACCAAGAUUAAAAUGAUCUGAGGGCCACGACUCGAAGAGUCCCGUUUAAGAUGACACGAACCGACCCGCCUGACAUCCUCGUAUCGACUGUGUAUCGAGACAUUACAGUGCACCCAACCUCGACCCACGCCAAGCCCUGCUCCCCAUCCAGACCAUGUGAUAGCCGCAACGCCAGCACGCUGGAGGACAAUCAGGAAACGUUCAACAAACGGCACUGUCGCAGCUUUGACUUCCUCGAGUCACUGGACGACCUGCGAGCCUCGGGCACCUCCAUGGAGUAUCCAUACUGGAGGGCCGACCGACAGACGCUCAACCCGGAGGUGGCCUGGAAUGCCCUGAGCCAGCAGGGCCACCUGCGCUUCUCCUCCCCAGAUCUGUUCAACUCCAAGGUUCCCCUGCCACCGGCACCCGUCGACGCGCAUCAUGCUGCCGGGGAGGAGAAGAAGAGGACUCGUUCAAGGAGCGCCCCCCGGGUCAAGACGGCCUUCACCCCCGUGGCCAUCGAGGUCUCCCCACCACCAGUCAGAAGAGGUAGAGAGGCCCAGCGUGGCACCCGGGAGGCCCACCGGAGAGCGGAGGCGUCCCCACACCGGGAGGCGUUGUACGCGGCAAGCCGGGCUAUGAUGAACGAAGUGCACCCCAUCAAGCUCCAGCCGCAGCGGGGUGAGUUGAGUCGCUAUUCGCCGCUCUUUGUGCCCGACUGCCUCCUCCAGAGCCACCCUGAGAAGCCCGCCACGAGCCCUCACGUCCGGUGCCGUGUAGACAUCAAGCCGGACGAGGCUGUCCUGCACCACGCCGGAAAGAACAGCAGGUCCAGCAGUGUGAGAGCUGAAGUGCCAUGGCAGCGGUAUUCGAGUGGAGGCAGCAGGGGUCUGACAGUGCCCCCUGGUUUUCAGGCACCCAGCUCCAGGACGCCCACACCCACUGACUCCUACAGUGGAGACUACAAGCAGCUAUACCCGCUCAACAGUGAAGGCUUCCCUCCAGCGGAUGUCUUCCUGCAGCAGGUGCCCUCGUCUCGAGAUGAAAGGGACUAUGCAGGCAGAGAGCAGCGGGCAUACUCCAGCUCCAGUGUGCCAACCAGCUUUUUCUACACAGAGGACACUGGGAGGCACACGACGCCAGCCAUCACUGUUGGCUCCAUAUAUAGCGAAGAUCACCCAACCUAUGCCAAGGUGGAUCAGAGUGCACGCUGGGUGCACACCCUGCCACCACGCUCGUAUUACACCGAUGAGCCAACUCGCUAUCCUGUCCAGAGCUCUUGCGCCAAGCCAUAUUCGGCCGGCGAUCCAUUCAUCGUUCAGACACCACCCUCCAGGUUGUACUACGGAGAUCCGCUCCAAAGCUACCCGGUGCAGUCUGUCCCUUCCAGAAUUUUCUACACCAAUGAGCACAUUGCGACUCCGCCGGAGCACCAUGUACCCUCCAGGGCUUAUUACACAGAACAUCGGGCAGCAUAUCACCGGCCCCGAAUCCCGCAACUUCAUUUCAACGACUGGUAUGCCCCUGACUUGGCCCCAGGCUAUGCCACCCACCACCCUACCUCUCAGUUACGUAUCCAUAGACCCCGUCCAGAUGCAUCGCUGCCUGCUUGGUACACCUCCAGUGGCACCGACCACCACAGGCUGGGCACCGACACCCGAUACUACUCGAAAUCGUGGGACAACAUCCUGAAUCCAACUGUCCAAAGGGAGCAGCCGGUACAUCGGGGCCGCAGCUAUGAGAACUUGCUGUCCCAUGGCACCCGCGCCCUCUCUCCUGAUGAGCGGCGCCAGCCAGUGGUAGUCAACCUGUCUAGUUCACCCCGCCGCUACGCUGCCCUCUCUCUGUCGGAGAACUCGCUACUGGAGAAGGUCUGUACUGACGGAUCGAGGAACGGUGGCAGCCGUCUGUGGUUUGUCACUCCCGAGAUCACCAUUACCGACAACGACCUCCACCCCAAUGGCUCCGGGAAAAGUCAUCUGCACUCCGCCCACUGGGAUCGGCCCAACAAGGGUCCCGCCCAAAACGCCCCUCAUCAAGAUGCGCCAUCUGCAGUUCCCAAUUCUGCCAAAGACAGCCAGCCUGUCCGGAGCUCCUCGCUUCAGCAGAGCCUGGAACAGCUGGACGAGCUGCUGGCUGACUUGGUCAUCGAUUACAAGCCACCCGCCAGCCGGCGUCCCAGCGAAGACCUUCUGGGCCAGUUGAAGAAGCUGAUUGAUGAAGAGGAGGUGGACCCUUCACGUCAGCGAGAAGCCAAAGCCGAACAAGAGCCUGCACCCUUGAAAGUGCAGCCUGCGCCAGCCAAGCUGUGCCCACCAGAGAGCAGCUGCGAUGGCCCACUCAAAACCCCAGAGGAGUGCUCGCCUGACCAGAGCACCGAUGAGGAUGACACCAUGAUGUGCUCCAACAGCAAAUGCCGCCGAACCGAGACCCUCUUCAAUGCCUGCCUCUACUUCAAGUCGUGCCACAGCUGCUACACCUACUACUGCUCGCGGAACUGCCGGCGCGAGGACUGGGACACCCACAAGGAGAGCUGCGUGUACGGGCGCAUCGGGAGCGUCUGCCGCCACAUGCUGAAGUUCUGCCGUGAGAACGCCGAGGUCCACAAGGCCUUCUCGCGCAUCGCCAAAGUGGGCUUCCUUUCCCGCGGCCGGGGCGUCCUCUUCUUGGGCUUCCCCAGUCCGGGCUCGUCAGACAACUUCCUUCAGUUCGGCCUGGAGAGCCUCCUGAUGUCGCCGACUUACCUCUCGCUACGGGAGCUCGACAGCUACAAGGACAACCUCGGCAACUAUGGCAAGGAGCUCCAGGACGCCGGCAAAGAGUACGACCCCAACGAAUGUUUCCUCCUGAAUGUAUCCAUUGCUAUCGGGGAAAAAGUGCCUGACGGGCCGUCACCUCGAGUCCAGGCUCCCACCGUUAGGAAGUAUGCCAAGGUGGCGCUGGCCUCCUCCAGCCCAGAGAAGAAGAUCUUCAAAAAGGAGAGCGAGAUGGAGACCCUCAUCCUCACCCCACCCCCCGGCAUGGCUGAUAUCGAUCAAGACGGGGAGGAAGGCCGCAAGGCCAGGGAGAUCUGCUUCAUCAACAUCCAGCGCGAGCUGCGCACCCGGGGGGUGUUCCUGCGCCACGAGUACCCCGCCGUCUAUCAGCAGCUCUGCGACUUUGUGGAGAGCAAUAAGAGAUUCACGCCCACCACCAUUUACCCCCUUGACAAGAGGACUGGCAAGCAGUUCAUGUGCAUGAUCAUGGCAGCCUCGGAGCCGCGGACGCUGGACUGGGUGGCUGCACCGAAUCUUCUGGACGACAUUAUAUAGC